AUGGCGCCACCAAUCGCGGCGCACCUCACGGUUUUCGCCUUCCUCGUCACUGCUGUCUCUGCCACCACAACCGGAUACCACAACCACACCGUCGGCGGUGACGCCGGGUGGUUCUUCAACUCCACCACCAACACAACCGCCACUAACUACACUUCCUGGGCUUCAAAUCAAACCUUCGACCUUGGCGAUUAUCUCAUUUUCAAUACGAGCUCGAACCAAACGGUGGUUCAGACUUACAACUUGACGACCUAUCUGAACUGCACCGCCGACGAUACCGACAACGGCACUUUCGUGUACGACGGCGGAAGCAGUAGUUUCAGCCAAUCGUUGACCAUCGCCGUGCCGUUGACCAUAGUUGGACCGAACUACUUCUUCUCCGACGCCGGCGACGGCGUCCAGUGCCAACGCGGCUUGGCCUUUGAGAUCGACGUUCAGCGCGGCCUCGGCUUGCCGCCGAGCCUCAACCAGCCGCCGCCGCCGCCGCCGUACCAGGAGCCUCCGGGUCCCGACGUCGCUCAGUCUCCGCCGGUCCCCGUGGCGCAGUCUCCCAGCGGCGGUGCGUUUGCGAGCCGCGCUGACGUGCAUUUCCUGGUUUAUGGUUUCGCGGCGUUGUUGCUGCUGCAGCAAUUUCAGUGA